CGCACCUUUCGCCCGGCUCACCUGGCGCCGCGGGAUGAGGGCGCGUCACGGCUGAGGCUGAAGCUGAGACGCUGCAGCUGCUGUACGUAGCGACCUAGCCCGUUGUGGAGGACACUGGUCAAGAAGCGGCUCGGAGUCCCCCGCGCCGUCAUGACUCCAACUCCCCCACCGCGGAGCCCAGCCUCGAGGGGAGGGGGCGGGACUAAGGCCAGGUUUCCGGUUCCGGGGACACAGAACUAGGGGAAGUUUUGACUCCGAGGUUUUGGAGAGUGGCGCGUGUGAGUGACCCACGUUGCGAGCGAAAGGCGUGAGACAAGAGUGGUGGCGCGUGGCCAGGGUCGGAACGGCGGAGCCCUCGGCAGUGGGGCGGGGGAAAGACACGCGGGCGGAUGGAGAGGUGGCGCGGAGAGGGACGGGAGCCGCACAGUGGCGCUCUAGUCGUGUCGCGCGCGUCCCCUUUGAAGGAAGGAGCUGCGAAGAGGGCCACUAGUUGGUGACCUGGAGCAGAGGGACUACUGAAAGGACGCAGAAGGCUGUAGAGGUGAAGACGACGAAGAGACUCCGUGGAGGGCAGUAGUGGUGGAGAGAUGAUCCUGAGAAACUUUAUCGGUGUGGGUCGGCUAAGGGAGAAACUGUAAAACAGGAUCGGAGAGGUAGGGAGCCCGAUAGAUGGGUAGAGACGUGAAAGGGUCGUAUAGAUGGGCCUGGUUUGGGUGGAAGUAGCCACGUAGGGGGUGCAGAAGAGGAUUCAGAGAGAUGUGUAUGAAGAAGUUUGGAGAGUUUAGAAGCCACCUAGAGUGAGCUCUUAGAAUGCUGUGUGGAGGAUUCCUAAGGUCUGACCUAGUGAAGGCACUAGAACCAGGCACCUAAGGUAUUUCAAAUAGGGACUUUCAACAUUUGACUAGGAAUGUGGGUCUUCCUCCGAAGUGGGUACCCCCUCCGUAUCUUGUUGUCCCUGCGUGGGGCGUGGAUGGGUCGGAGGGGCCUGCCCAGGAGCUUGGUCCCGGGCCCGCCUCGCAGGAGGUACAGGAAGGAGGCUCUCCCAGCCUUGGAGGUACCAGUGUUGCCUGUAACUGCAACUGAAAUCCGCCAGUACUUGCGGGCUCAUGGGAUCCCAUUCCAGGAUGGCCACAGCUGCCUCCAGGCACCGAGCCCCUUUGUGGGAGCCUCACAGCUCAAGGACCAGACUAGUGCUACCACUUCCUUUAGCCUCUUCAUUAACAAGACCACAGGCCGCUUUCUCUGCAUGACCAGCCUAGCAGAGGGGAGUUGGGAAGACUUCCAGGCCAGCGUGGAGGGGCGUAGGGAUGGGGACAGAGAAGGAGUUCUGCUUAGUGAAGUCCCAGAAGCUGAGGACAGUGAGGAGAUUCGGAGGAUCUGGGACCGAGCAAUACCUCUCUGGGAGCUGCCUGAGCCGAAGGAGGCCCAGCUGGCCCGUGUGAUGUUUGGCCUUACCAAAGUGACAGAUGACACACUCAAGCGUUUCAGUGUGCGGUAUCUGCGGCCUGCUCGCAGCCUUGUCUUCCCUUGGUUCUCCCCUGGAAGUUUGAGAUUACGAGGCCUGAAGCUCCUACAGGCUGAAGGCCAAGGGGAUGGAGUGCACUAUGUGGAGACCACCGUUCCCCGGCCUGGUGCCUACCAUAAUCUGUUCGGACUACCACUGAUCAAUCGUCGAGAUGUUGAGGUGGUACUGACAAGUCGUGAGCUGGACAGCCUGGCCUUGAACCAAUCCACAGGGCUGCCCACCCUUGCCCUUCCCCGAGGAAUAGCCUGCUUGCCCCCUGCCUUGCUCCCCUACCUUGAACAGUUCCGACGUAUUGUGCUUUGGCUGGGGGAUGACCUUCGGUCCUGGGAAGCUGCCAAGUUGUUUGCCCGAAAACUGAACCCCAAGCGGUGCUCCUUGGUACGGCCUGGGGACCAGCAGCCCCGUCCCCUGGAGGCCCUGAACCGAGGACUAAAUCUUUCUCGAAUUCUACGUUCUGCCCUGCCUGCCUGGCACAAGUCUAUUGUGUCUUUCCGGCAGCUUCGGGAGGAGGUACUAGGAGAACUGUCAAAUGUGGAGCAGGUAGCUGGCGUCCGCUGGAGCCGCUUCCCAGACCUCAGUCGUCUCUUGAAGGGACAUCGGAAGGGCGAGUUGACAGUCUUUACAGGGCCAACGGGCAGUGGAAAAACGACAUUCAUCAGUGAGUAUGCCCUGGAUUUAUGUACCCAGGGGGUGAACACGCUAUGGGGUAGCUUUGAGAUCAGCAAUGUGAGACUAGCCCGGAUCAUGCUGACACAAUUCGCUGUGGAACGGCUGGAAGAGCAACUGGACAAAUACGAUGAGUGGGCCGACCGUUUUGAGGACCUGCCCCUCUAUUUCAUGACUUUCCACGGGCAACAGAACAUCAGGACUGUAAUAGACACAAUGCAACAUGCGGUCUACGUCUAUGACAUUUGUCAUGUGGUCAUCGACAAUCUGCAGUUCAUGAUGGGUCACGAGCAGCUGUCCACAGACAGGAUUGCAGCUCAAGACUACAUUGUUGGGGCCUUUCGGAAGUUUGCAACAGACAGUAGUUGCCAUGUGACACUGGUCAUUCAUCCCCGAAAGGAGGAUGAUGAUAAGGAACUACAGACAGCAUCCAUUUUUGGCUCAGCCAAAGCAAGCCAGGAAGCAGACAAUGUUCUGAUCCUGCAGGACAGGAAGCUGGUAACUGGGCCAGGGAAACGGUAUCUACAGGUGUCCAAGAACCGCUUUGAUGGAGAUGUAGGUGUCUUCCCACUUGAGUUCAACAAGAGCUCUCUCACCUUCUCCAUACCACCAAAGAGCAAGGCCCGGCUCAAGAAGAUCAAGGAUGACAAUGGACUUGUGGUCAAAAAGCCCUCUUCUGGUAAAAAGGGAGCUGUGCCUCAGAACUCUAAAACUUGCUUUCAGCCAGAUUCCUCUAAGCCUUCAGAGUGAAGGCAAUGCAGAGCUAGACACUGGAGUAAGCCUUGACAGGACAGGCUGGGGCAUAGACUCUUUCUUGGCCCUCUGCUAGGCUAGGCUGCCUCUUUCCUGCAGUCUGGUCCUGAGCUGUGGGCACUUCUCAGUCUGAGGGGCCUAGCCUAGGGCAGGAUCCCGUAGUGAGAGAAUUAAGCACAUAUUUGAGAACCUACUAUGUGCCAGGCUUCAUUCUAGGUCCUGAGAAUACAGCACUGACAAGACAUAUGAGGUCCCUGCUUCCAUGGAACAUGCAAUCUGGUGGAGGGACAGAUAAGCUAAUGAACAAGUAAACACAAAACAUAAUUUUAGAUAGUAAAAAGUGCUAUUUUAAAUAUAAAACAGUAAUGCGACAGUGCUUAUAGGCUAGUUUAGAUUAAGGUCUGAAAUGGUGGCUCUGAGCAGAGGACAUUCGAGCUGGGACCUAAAGAACUACUAUUGAGCCAUGUGAACAUAUGGAGAAACAGGGAUCCUGGUAGAAGGUAACAAAUACAAAGGCCCUAUGCUGGGAAUGAGCAAGUUGAGUUCAAAGCAGUGGGGUCAGGCCCCCUGAACCUGGAGGGGAAUGGGGGACUUCUUGCCAAAAUUCCAACCUAGGCUUUCAGAGCCAAAGGGUGACAUGAGUACCAAGCUCCUCUGCUCCCCGCCCUGGAGCCUGCUAUGUGGUGGCAUUUGCUACCAUUGGAUCCUAGGUGCUUGGCCCUGUAAUAUCAGGGUCCAAAAGGUGGAAGCUCGGCCAGAGAGCCAUGGAAGAAAGCUGUGAGCCCAGAGUGCCCCCCACAUGGACACAUUGUAUAGUAUGCUGCCUCAGACCACUGGAGUGGAUGCAGUUAUAACUUUUGUAGAGCCUUUUCUAGUUUUAUUGAAAAAAAAAAUGUUUCCAUUGUC